AGUCACAGUCAUCUAAACCAUGUCUACGUCGACCACUCGUGUCCUCUUCACAGGAGCCUCUGGCUACAUAGGCGGAACGCUCCUCAAACAUAUCCUUCUCGACCCCUCUCUCAAGUCCGCCCUUGAGAUCUUUGCCCUCGUUCGGAGCGACUCUCAUGUCGAAACCGUUAAAGCUAUGGGCAUUACGCCUCUUCAGAUGGAUAUGAUGGAUGAGGAUGCUGUUAGAAAGGCUGUUAUUGACAACGAAAUCACCUUCGCCAUCCACACGGCUUCAUGCUUCGAAUUUGCACCCGCCAAAGCGAUGAUCGAAGGUCUCGCCGCCGUCAAGCAGAAGACAGGCAAAGUCGUCCACUUCAUCGCCACUUCCGGCGCGAAAGCAUUCUCUUCCCAAGCUGGCAUACCUCUAGAAUCUGAAGGAACUAUCUCCGAUGCGGGAGCGGUGUAUGAGAUCCAGAAGAAGUACAAGGCGAUAUUCCCGUUGUUGCAGAAGCACGUCGAUGUGAACAACUCCAUCCAAGAGCUUUCCGAGUCGCUCGACGUAAGGUCGUAUCUCGUCGUUCCACCCAUGGUUUACGGACCAGGCGAAGGUUUCGGGAACAAGAUAUCGAUCCAAUACGUAGCUCUCGUCGCCAUCGCCGCCAAGCUUGGUAAGUUGUGGUGCAUUGACGAGGAAUCCGCAUCCUGGCCCCUCAUGCACCUGCACGACAUGACAACACUCUAUCUCGCCCUCAUCCGCUCCAUCCUCUCCUCAUCCCCAUCGCCACCCUACGGCAAACCACCCCCACCCACUCCCCAAGGCUACUACUUCGCCGAAAACGGAACCUUCAACUGGGUCUCUCUCUCCCUCUCCAUCCUCAAACACCUCAACUCUCCCCCUUCCUCCUCCACCACGCCCAAACUAGUUCAAGACGCCGACGUCAAAGUUCCGGAAGCCACCCCACAAGACAUCGAGGCGAUGGCGCAGGUGAUCAGUUACCCUGCGUUCAUGGUUCCGUUGGCGAUUUCGGGGCGGUGCGAUAUUAGGGGGGAUAAUGCGAGGAAGGCGUUGGGGUGGAGUCCGGUUUAUGGGGUCGAGCAUUUGAUGGGGAGUGUGGGCGAGGAGGUUGAUUUUAUUUUGGGGCAUUUACCGAAGUGACACUGAUAAGUAGAGGCAAAGUUCAGAAGUACUUACGGUGAAAUGGAGAGAUUUUGUUUGAUAGAAGGUACCGCAU